AUGACUUCUUUAUCAUCUAUUCAAAAACCUCUCAUUUACGAAACUUUUGGAUCAAAAAUCAAAUGGACAGAAAGUAGCAUUAUAUUAUUACUUACUUUUUUGAAAGAAAAUAAAGAAGUGCUAAGGGUAUUAGCAGAAAAUCGUGGUGGUAUUGGUGACAUUACCAUUAAAAAGGAGCUCUGGGAGCAUGCAUCAGAAGUGGUAUUCUAUGGUGUAAACAUAUAUUAUAGUCCUGAUCAAUGUGAGAAUAAGUGGUGGAAUAUUAGGCGAGCUUGCAUGCGUAAUCCUGGUUAUCAAUUUAUAUCAGAAGCUAGAAAAAUUGAUCCAAGAAUUUAA